AGCAACAUGUACUGGAUUAUUACAUCAAAUAAACUAAAUUAAAGAGACCAAAUUCACAGCAUCAUCAGGAAGCUCACAGCAGCUGCAUUUAUUUGAAUUCCAGACAAAAUGUGUGCCAGAUAUUUAGAAUUUAUCCUCCUCCUUUGGUUUCCAGGAGUGCUACAUGCACAAAGUACAGCUCAGUCUUGUCGUGCUCCCGGACUAGCUCAUGGUUAUUUCCUCCCUGCUCUUGAAACUUACCCUCAUGAAACCAAGCUCACUUACGCCUGUGAUAAUGGACUUAAACCAGUUGUGGAGGGUUGGUGGGCAACAAGCACAUGUCAAAAUGGCAAAUGGGUUCAUAACCCACAAUGUAUAGAUGAAAAGGCCUGUUUUCCACCAACUAUCCCCAAUGCAAAAUACACUGAAAACUCAAAUGGUUGGUAUGAGGAGGGAGACACAAUAAGGACAAUAUGUGAUGAAGGAUAUGAACACAAAGACUGGAGCGCAACAGCCAGAUGUACAAAUGGAACAUGGUCGUCUUUGCCCAUCUGUGAGAAACAUCACCAUGCAUGCGGUGAGCCCCCUAAACUCCCACAUGCUGUAAUAAUUCAUCAGAGAUACCGGAAAGUGUUUGCUGUAGAUUCAGAAGUGCAGUAUGUAUGUGAAGAUGGAUAUACGAUGGAGGGAGGACACACUAAAAAAUCAAUUUUCUGUAUGAGUGGAACCUGGAAUGAAGGUCCAACAUGCAGCAGCAGACCAGAUGCUGGACAUGGUGGUUCUCCAGAUGUGGGAACAGGUGGGGGACACACCACAUCCACUGGCCAUGGGACACAGCCUGGGAGGGAAGACAGCAGGCCAGGUACUGGACAUGGUGGUUCUCCAGAGGUGGGAACAGGUGGGGGACACACCACAUCAACUGGCCGUGGGACACAGCCUGGGGGUGGAGGAUCUUCUACCACCUCUGGCAGUCGAUCUGUAUACGCAUCAAUCGACACCUGUGGGAAACAUCCAGUUGUUCCAAACGCUGUUGUUGUGCAAGUGGAACGAAUGUAUUUGAAAUACAAAUGUAAUUCUUUCUACAAACAAGAAGGUUUAGACACUGUGGUGUGUUACGAUGGUGGCACUUGGUCAGCACUGCCCGUCUGCAAAGAGGCAUUCUGUGUCAUGAAACCUGGUCCAUACGUUUAUGGAUUAGAUCUAUCUGCAGCUGUAUAUUUAAAGGAAGGAGAGCAGAAGUUUCCAUGUAUGUGGCAAGAUUAUAGUGUGGCUGUUCGGUGCACUAAUGGAAGAAUAACUUAUACCGACUGUUGUACUUCUUAUAACCAUUGGCUGGGAGCCUGUCGAUAUAUUGCAACAAGGGAAUGACUGCUGCCUGUUGGAUCAUUCCCCACUGACUGACAACAAAUACCUUUUGGAAACUUUUAAAAAUGUCUCCUCCAGAAAAACAGCUACACUCAGAAAAAUGUUGUCACAUCUUCAUUUGAUUUUUUUUAAACCAGUUUUUUGUUUUUUUCAUUUUGACCUAAAAUCCAGACUCAGUGUUGGAGCUGGACAUUAUUUGACAGUCAGCUUGUAUCUUUAUGACUUGAGCUCUUAAUGCUCCAAACACAUGGUCAAUACUUUGAACACAUAAUUAAAGCUUGUAUGGCUACAGUAGUCUGAAUAAAAUGUUCACUAGAAAUCUCAACAGAAA